AUGUCAGAUGGUGGAGCAAUGACUGUCCGGGAAAAACCACGCUGUCCAGCUUAUGUUCGUGAGGUUUCGAAACAAAUAUUGCUCGGCUUGAGUUAUAUUCACGACCAGAGCCUUAUUCAUGGCGACCUCCAACCAGCCAACAUCCUAUUCACCCGGAACGGCGACUUAUCGAGCGAAAUGAUAGAAGAACCCGAAUUUAGUCCUGUCAAUUGGCUUCCAGGAGUUGAAGUGGAUGACAAUGCCCCACGGUAUCUUAUGAGCUCGCAACGGUCCCGCGGAAUGCUAGACGAUGCAGCCUUCUCGACGCUCAUAGUCAAGAUUGGUGAUUUGGGCGGAGCUAUGUGGAACACACAUCAUGAUGUUCUUCCUGUCACGCCCAUGGCGCUGAGGGCACCCGAGUUAAUUCACCCCCAUUCGUGGAAUGAAAAGGUGGACAUAUGGGCUCUAGGGUGUUUGGUAUUUCAACUUGCUACAAACGAGCCACUCUUCCCGGUAGAAUAUUUUGGCUGCACGAUUGACGAGGUUCAUGGGAAUUUGAGAUCUCUCAUGCGCGACCUAUUUGAGCACGGCAAUGAAAAAUUUGCCAUCUACAUUAGCGAGAGAUUACCGGCUGAUUUUGGCAAAGACAAUACUGAGAAGCUUGCAGAUUUUCUUUGGUCGGCGUUGCAGGAACGUCCGGAAGAUCGGGGAUCAACUACUGGGCUUCUCGAUCACCCUUUUUUAGUUGGAUGA